UUCGAUUACCCAAAAAGUGCAUAUUUCAGCCGUGCCAUAUAAGCAAAGGAUCUUCAAUAUUUCAAUGAAAAAGUCAAAGCCAGUAAGAAGGAGGGAAAAGAAUUAGUUAAUAUUCUCAAAUAAACCAUCUUUUUGUUUUAAAAAAUUCUAAAUUGUUCACUUGGAUGUGCUUACAGACAGCGAAGGUUAGGGUUUUGGAUUUGUUUGAAUUCCUAAACACGAGAUUUUCACCCUGCGCUAGAUCUGACUAACUAAGGUCAACUGUAGAGAUACAGGCAAGGUGUACAAAAAUCCUGAAAUAAACCUAUAACUCAAGAACCCAUGUUGAUCAAUUUUUAUAAGUCAAUCAAGAAGCCGUGAAUUGUGAAGAAAAAGCUCAUUGAGAAAACAAAGAAGAAACUUAAGCACAAGACACAUGAAAUGGGGAGCUCUGGAGGAGAUCAUAUUCAGGUAAUUAAAAAGAACACCCAGGUAAAACUCUUUCUGAAUGGCCCGAGGUCUCCCUUCGUAAGGCCUCGAUGGGAUAAUAAAGAUCUCUUCUCUCCAUGUAUCCUGAGUAAUGAUGAUAGAGUGUUGCUCUCUAGUCCUGGCAGCACAGAUAAUAACUCCAAAGGGUCUAACCUGAGUCCAUUUUCAGACCAAAGCAUGCACCAGCCACAACUUUUAGUCGAGGAUCUGCCAAGUUUUGCUAAUAAUUCCAUCUUGGAUGAUCCCAACAAAUUAUUUGGGUUAAGCAAGAACCUCACAGUCGGAAAUAAAAUUAAACGAGUCAGAAAGAGAAGGCUCAGGCGAGAGUCUAAUUUCCACACCCGAAGCACAAAUAAGAAGAAGUAUAGAAAGAAAGAGCUCAUUGACGAAGUAGGCUUCCUCACAAAUCUCGCAUCCAUAUCAAAAUACUCAAAGAAAUAACCAAAUUGAUAAACAUAUGUUGAGGACUAUGGCAGGUAAGCCACAGUUAUCCCCUCUGAAAGUUCUUUGUCAUGGUCUUGACUCUAGUUGUCAAGUGGGUCAAGAUAUUUUUAAUAAAAAUUACACAUAAUUGCUCAUAUUUGUACUGAUCUAGACAAAGAAAACUCAGACACUGAUAAUGAAGAAGCUCAUAAUAAUCCAGUCUUUAGAAGAGAAAAUAUCGCGUACAGUUUUAAUAAAUUUACUAAUGAUUUGUUGGAGAAAAUUCCUGCUGGGAGUUCAAAACUAAACACAGACACCAUCCCCAGACGGCUCAAUUUUAAUAACAGGAGUUGUAUAAAUGAAAGCUAUGAGACUGACGAGUCUUCAGACCUAUGUCGAGAAGAAGCUAUUCCUCUGAAUGACAGAAAACUCAAACUCCCCCAAAAGAAUGUCAGCUGCAAUUUUUUCGUGCACUCUCGAGGCAAAAAGGGGUUUAAGAAGCGGAAAAUUGGGAUUUCCAUUCCAAGACUUAAAUUUUUGAGGAAGUAACUUAACAAAAAACUUGUCAAUGUUAACUCAUUAAACUAGUGCUGAAAUAGCUUCUGCUUCAUAUUCUGGCUGCUAUAAGGCAGAGAGGCUAUAGCUCAGCAUACAUUGGGGUCUCUAAACCAUAUUUAGGCUCUCUCAAC